UGAGUUGCCAUAUGCGGGCUCAGCCCGGUCCGGCCCUAACCAUGACCAUGUUCCUUCACCAAUCGUUCUGUGCAAGAAAACUCUCUUUACUUUACAAAGUCACAGAGAAACGAAUACUGAGAGCCUUUCUGCAAAACUGCAAUUGAAUCCCUCUCAUUCGAUUAUCUUCAAUCUCCAACCAUGGUGCUCGAGGCGACAAUGAUUUGCAUUGAUAACUCUGAAUGGAUGCGAAACGGAGAUUACUCUCCCACAAGAUCUCAAGCUCAAGCUGACGCUGUUAACCUGAUCUGUGGGGCCAAAACCCAGUCUAAUCCGGAGAAUACUGUGGGAGUUCUGACAAUGGCGGGUAAAGGGGUUCGCGUUUUGGUCACUCCUACGAGCGAUCUUGGCAAGAUCUUAGCUUGCAUGCACGGUGUAGAAAUCGGUGGUGAUUGUAACUUGGCAGCAGGGAUCCAAGUGGCACAGUUGGCUCUCAAGCAUCGCCAAAACAAAAAGCAGCAACAAAGGAUUAUUGUACUUGCAGGGAGUCCUGUCAAAUACGACAAGAAGGUAUUGGAAAUAAUUGGAAGGAAGUUAAAAAAGAACAGUGUGGCUCUUGAUAUUGUUAGUUUUGGUGAAGAAGAUGAUGGGAAAACAGAAAAGCUCGAGGCCCUUCUUGGUGCUGUCAACAAUAAUGACAGCAGUCACAUUGUUCAUGUUCCUCCUGGUCCAAAUGCUCUAGCUGAUGUUCUGAUAAGUACUCCUAUCUUUACUGGGGAUGGGGAAGGUGGAAGUGGUUUUGCAGCAGCAGCCGCAGCAGCUGCAGCUGGUGGCGUUUCCGGUUUUGAUUUUGGUGUGGAUCCAAAUAUGGAUCCUGAACUGGCUCUUGCUCUCCGAGUUUCAAUGGAAGAGGAGAGGGCGAGGCAGGAAGCAGCUGCUAAAAAGGCUGCAGAGGAAGCUGCAAAACAGGAAAAAGAAGGGGAACAGGCAUCCACAUCACAAGAUGCAACCAUGACUGAAAAUGCCAGUGCUGCAGCCCCCGAAGCUGAAAAUAAGACAAAUGAUCUAAUGGAUGAUGAGAAUGCUUUGCUACAGCAGGCUCUUGCUAUGUCAAUGGAUGACCCUGCUGCUAGCGUUGCUCUGCGAGACACAGAUAUGUCAGAGGCAGCUGCAGAUGAUCAAGACUUGGCACUUGCUCUACAGUUGUCUGUGCAGGACAGCACUGAAGAUCAAGGAAGCCAGACAGAUGUGAGUAAGCUGUUGGCGGAUCAGUCAUUUGUGUCGUCAAUCCUUGCUUCGCUUCCAGGAGUUGAUCCAAAUGAUCCUUCGGUCAAAGAUUUGCUUGCAUCCAUGCAAAAUCAGUCUGAGCUUGGUGGCUCCUUCCUUGUUUUGAACACAAUAGAGUGUGCAUGUGUGUACACCCUUCUUUCUCUCUCUCUCUCAGGGUGGGAGUGGGUGUGGGGCAGAAGGAUGAAGAUAAGGCACCAAAUGAAGAGGACAAGAAAUGAUGCCCAUGCCCAGUGCUGAUUUCGAAUGCAUAAUUUCUGAACCUUCAAGUCAGGUUGUUCUGCUACUGAUGUGAACGGUGCACAAGAAGGGUUAAUGUUAGUCUACACAGUACUAUGGAACAAACUAUCGUUUUUUACAUGGAAGGGGCAUUGUUAGAUGUUGCUCUCCUUUUUUUCUUUUUAAUUGUUUCAGUACAGAGCUCUUGCUUUUAAUGUGAUUUUGCAUUUCUGUUCAUUGGUAUCUUAAUUGCUUCAAUUGCACUGAUCAAAUAUUAUUAAUGGUGCGCUUUAGCUGCGUUUUACUGUGUGGGCUUAUCUAUAUGAAAAUUUCAUUUUAGUUGAGAAA